GAGGGGGGCGUGGCUUCGCGGCGAUUGGCCGCGCUGCCCGUACGUCACGCCAUGCGGCGCGCCGGCGCGCUUUGGGCUGCGCGGCUGCGCGGGGUGGCGCGGAGCGGGGCCCGGCCGCCCCGCCCGCUCCUUCCCCGCCCCGCCAUGGCCGAGCCGGGCCCCGGGGGCGAGGGGGAAGCGUCGCCGGCCCCCAAGAAGCGGCGUGUGGCGGGCGGGGAGCGGUACGUGCCCCCUCCGCGGAAGCUGAGCACGGGGGUGAGCUUCGGCCCCGCGCACUUCGCCGAGACCUCCUACUACUUCGAGGGGGGGCUGCGCAAGGUGCGCCCCUACUACUUCGACUUCCGCACCUAUUGCAAGGGGCGCUGGGUGGGCCGCAGCCUCCUCCACGUCUUCAGCACCGAGUUCCGCGCCCAGCCCCUCGCCUACUACCGCGCCGCCGCCCGCGCCGGCCGCCUCCGCCUCAACGAGGAGCCGGUGCGGGACCUGGACAUCGUGCUGAAGAAUAAUGAUUUUCUCAGGAAUACGGUGCAUCGCCACGAGCCGCCGGUCACUGCCCAGCCUAUCCAGAUCCUGGUGGAGGACGAUGAGGUGGUGGUUGUGGACAAACCCUCCUCUUUGCCGGUUCAUCCCUGCGGCAGGUUUCGUCACAACACGGUCAUCUUCAUCCUGGGCAAAGAGCAUGAUCUGAAGGAGCUGCAUACCAUUCACCGACUCGAUCGCAUGACCUCGGGAGUACUGAUGUUUGCCAAGACGGCAGAGGUGUCCAAGAGGAUCGAUGAGCAGGUUCGGGAGAGACAGCUGGAAAAGGAGUACGUCUGUCGUGUGGUGGGGGAGUUUCCAGAAAAUGAAGUGGUCUGCGAAGAGCCCAUACUGGUGGUGUCUUACAAAGUGGGAGUGUGCCGCGUGGACCCCAAAGGGAAAUCCUGCAAAACCAUCUUCCAGAGACUCAGUUACAACGGCAAGACCAGCGUGGUCAAGUGUCUUCCGCGUACUGGCCGCACGCACCAGAUCCGGGUCCAUCUGCAGUAUUUGGGGCAUCCUAUCGUCAACGACCCCAUCUAUAACAUGGAAGCCUGGGGCCCCGCCAGGGGCAAAGGUGGCAAGAUUGAUAAAACGGACGAAGAACUCCUUAAGGCGCUAGUAGAGGAGCAUCGUUCCAAACAGAGCCUGGAUAUCUUGGGUAUUUCGGAGGAGGACUUGAACUCCGGCGCUGAAAAUAAAGACUGUGGUAAUUCAAGUGACUGCACAAAGUCUGCGCGGGCUGAUCCGAUACAUGAGAGCUCCUGCCCUGCCGAGGACACUGAGGAUCCCGAGAGGGAUGCAAAGGAUCCUGAGAGAAAUGACGUAGCCGCCUGUCCACCGAACUCUGAUAGCAACCUGGAAACGCUGGAAAAAAAUAAAGAACUUGGUUCCUGUGAGAAUCAGGAUGGGCAAACGGGAGAAAAGAGUUCGGAAGAGAAGGACCCUUUGUGCGCGGAGUGUAAGAUCACACGGCGGGACCCGUCUCCCAAGGAGCUGGUGAUGUUCCUGCAUGCCUUGCGCUACAAGGGAGCGGAGUUUGAGUAUUGCUCCAAGAUGCCCGCGUGGGCAAUGGAAGACUGGGAGGAAUGAGUGAGGACAUCCAACACCUACCGACAUCGCUGGCCGGGAAAGCGUCUUGUAAAGACCUAAGAGUCGCUUUCCAGCGUGGUUGAGGUGGACAAACUGCCCGUGCGCUGGAGGUGGGGCGGGAAGGCGGCCUGGCUGCACACAGGCACUGGGAAAGAUGAGUGGGAGGACGGGGCUACAGCACUAGAAUUAUGUUGCCCUUUAGUGAAUGAGCACUUCAGGGCAGCAAACGCCACCGCGCGCGGGCAGCUUGGCCUUUCACCUCAGCCUCUUCUGGGUCUGCUGUCAGUUACCCACACAGAUAAUUAAGUGCCUGCACUUAAAAGUCAGCAACUGAUUUUUCUUCCGGCCCGCUAUGUGAUGUUCUUGUAUCGUACAACGAGAGCUGCUGGAAUGUCGUUCAUGUGCUGGAUGUCAUGUCAUACACACAACUAUUUUUACUGUAUUUUAUUGUCAGACUGACUUGAAAACCCAAACGUUAUCGCCGAGAAUGCCGUAAGGUCAAAUCAGAGCACCGUGGAGCCGACCCACUUUCUGCCGGUUGUUUGUCAGCAAGGUGGACUUUGCUUUGAAAUUGCUCUUUCAGAACUGGCUCAGAUAAUGACUUAAUUUAAAGUUAGUAACUCUAGGGAUGGAUCUGUUUCUAUUUGGCCUAUUUUUGGAGGUACUACUCCCCAGUUUCUGUCUGUAUGAGACUUAUGAGGAGGCCCAUUUAGUAGAUUUUUUUGCUUUUCUGUUCCGCCCCCUCCCCUGCGACGUUUCUCCUGCCUUCUCAAACACGUCUGGCUUCUCUUCUGAGAACCUAUCGAUCUCGGUCCCUUACGCCUCAUUGAAAACGUCCUCAGACUUCAGCAGAAAUCCAAAGUAGAGAUCCGUCUGCUGACUUCAAUCUUUUUUAGUUAUUUUUUUUAAAUCAUACUAUAGGCGAGUUGUUCCUGAUUGGUGCGGAAUUGUUUUUAAUAUCGCUUCAGUGUGACAAUCAGCUUUAAAGAAAAACAAAAGCUAUUUUAUGAACCAGAUGACUUUUUUUUUUUUUAAUACAUUUUAUAUUAAUACGUUUCCAGGAUGAUAAAUAUCACUAUAGUUCUUACCUUCACCAGUGUUUAUAUGGUCGCUUCUUGGCCUCUGGGAGGGUUAUUAUAAUAAUUCUGCUGUCUCAGGUUCUUUUUUAUUUUAUUUUUUUUCUCUUUUCCGUACGUAUCGCCAGCGGUAAUGACCAGCUCCAGUGGUUGCUGCAGACAAUCAGAACCUUUACCCGGGAGGAGCCUCAGUGUUGCUUGAGGACUGUUUGCAGCCGGUGGUUUCCAGCUCUGUCGCUCCGUACCCCCCUCUCUGCACCCCUGUCCCUACCUAGGGCGCAGCUGUAGCGUUCUACACUUCCACAAUGUUAAAGAAGCCCUUUUUAAAGGUGAAGAAAGGAAUCCAGAGGAGCUGAUACUUUCAGCAAGCGUGGCAAAAGCCUUGCUGGAGUGUGGUUCGGUCUCAGAUCACCUCUCCUUGUCGUGCUGUGCUCUUUCUCAGACCCCCAUGACCUGAAGACCACUUCAGGCAGAGCUUUUGUUACCGCUUUGCCCGUUUUGCACAGGUUACUGGAGGACUCCCUGCUUCCCCGGUGUCUGUGAGCGGGGUGCUGGGGCCCUGAGCUUGACCAGGCCCGCAGGAAUGACUGCCUUCCUCCUCGGCAAGGCUCCUGCAAUCGCGUGUUGAUGAUGUUACCAGCAUCAGGACUUGUGUACCGAAACAGAAUAAACAAGUGCUCGCUUCAUCCGCUAGCUCAGAGUAGCCAAGUGAUUUCUUUCUCU